AUGAAUGGAACAGUAACUGAAGUGAGACUAGAGGAAUCAAGGGACCCGAUUGUAAACCCGGUUAGUAAAUCAUCUCCUGCUCAGCUUGUGGUUGAUGCAAGUCAAAAAUGGAAGGGAUUCACAGGGCAAAGCCGUAUGGGCGAGAAAGGUAUGGGGUUAAGUUUUAUUGCUCCUGUUGUUGUUGAUGGUAAACCCACUGCUAAGUUAGAUAAAAAAGCGAUUGAUAUGUUAAGUGAACAAUGGGCGAAUGCUUUAAUCAUGUAUGUUGUUGGCCAAAAUCCCACUAUUAAUGCUAUGAAUGCUUAUUUGAAAUCUCAAUGGAGUUUGAGUUUAGAACCGACAGUAUAUAAACAUGAAGCAGGGUAUUUCAUAGCCAAGUUUUGUAGUCAGGAGGAUAGAGACUCUAUCAUUUAUGCUGGGCCACACUUGUUUUAUGGCAAACCUUUGAUUGUUAAACAAUGGACUGCGAGUUUUGAUUUUCACAAAGAAGUGUUGAAGGUGAUUCCAAUAUGGGUUAGGCUGCCUAACUUACCUCUUAAUUGCUGGAGUGAUGAUUCAUUAAGCAGAAUAGGGAGUUUACUGGGGGUGCCUAUUUAUGCAGAUGAAUGUACUACUAAAAUCUUUAGAGUAUCUUUUGCCCGGAUUCUAGUAGAGAUGGAUGUUACGAAGGAGAUUCCUAAAGUUCUGACUAUAGAAGACCCUAGUGGUAAGGUGUUUUCUCAACAAGUUAUCUAUGACUGGCUUCCUGCUUAUUGCAAUAAAUGUCAGGUUAUUGGCCACAACUGUGCUCACAGUUUGGCAAAGAAGUCUGUGAAGGAAGUGCUAAAAUGGGUUCCUAAGAGUACAGCUCCUGCUGUUGAAGUAAAUCCUCCUGCUCCUAGUGUUGAGGUCACUGAUAAUAUUGGUGCUCCUCCUUUAGUAGUAGAUCCCAGUUCUACUGGUGAACCUACUAAGGAAGUAGAGUUAAGUAUUACAGAGACUACUCCAGUCAACACUCCUAUCCAAGGAGGAGAGGAAGAGGAACCUUGGAAAGUUGUUACUAGAAAGUCCAAAGGUAAGCAAGUCUCUUUUCAGUCAGCUAGAGUGUGUUCCUUUUCUCAAGAGCCAGGUAGACCUGGAGGUGCUAGGGGACCUAAUCCCUAUUUGUCUUGA